AGAAGAAGAAGAAGAAUAGAAGAAGUAAACGUUGGAGCUAACAGCGUUUACCAGUUAACCGCGGUGUACAAAGUUUUUAUUCAAAUAGCGCUCCGAUAAGUUUGAUUACGUUUCCUAAAUACUUAGAAACAUGUUUUUGGAGUUCUUGUUUGUGUCUGACGUCUAAAUAAAAGCAUGAGUGAUGAAGAAGAAGCCAGGGGUGGCUCACCCUCCGGUGGCACCGUCAGGCGUUUGAAACGGAGCCACCCAGCUCAAAGCUCCAGCGAGAAAUGUUGGGUGAACAUUGGCGUUGCCUUCCAGAGUUGGCGCUCAGAGAAAAAAGCACGCGGAUUACCAACGGAUGAAGCUGCGGCUUUGUUUCUUCUCGACGAAGGGAAGAAAAAUGCAUCACAGCCACAGGGCGCUGGCAAUGGGAAGAUCAGAGUCUCUAAAUCUCAGUUGCAAGAGCUGAUUCAGCAUGAGGUCUGCACAGCAGAGGCAAACAAUGAAGCCAAGACGCGUCAAUUAAUGAAAGCAGUCGAGCAGAUGAAAGAUGAUACAAGCAUUGAAAAAUCAUUCCAACAAAUGGAGGCUCAGAUCAACCUCAUGUCAAAGAGGGUAGAGGUGGCCCUUGCUUACCUAAAAAGAACACAGGAUCAGAGUUUAACGUCCGCCCAUGCUGAUGCAGACAGGAUCAGGGGAGACUCUGAUGAAGCUACAGAGAUUUCAGUACUGAUUGAUAAAGAGAAAAGCAAAUGUAUCAUCAAGAUUGAAGAGGCUGUUGAUUUGAUGAAAACAGCUAAAUGUACGCUUGAGGAGGUCAGAGUAAAUAAAGAGGGUGCCAUGGUUGAAUUUACGCCAGAGAAGGCUCCACCCACUCUUUCUCCCAACGGUUCAUGGACGGAAACAAAAGAAGGAGAAAAGCAUGUCUGCUGGCCUAGUGAUGAGUUCAGUGAAAAGGGGUCUCCACCGACUUUAAUGCCCAUGGUGUCUUCAGAGCAGAUGGUACCUACUGGGGACCUAAAGAGAGAGCCGGAAGAUUCCCAGGAUGAAGAAAAGAAGAUAAUUGAGCAGCCAGAGGACAAGAAGUUCAAACAGAAAGAUAUGCUUCGCCCUCCUUCCCUCCCAGCCAACCCCUUCCCCUCCACCCUGAGCAUGGAGGCAGCUUUGUACAGCUUGCCUCAGAAGGUGGAACUAAAUUUGGCCCUCAUCAGGAACCCUACUCGACUCUCUGUGCUCUGGAACGUGGUAGAGGCGGACCCCGCUGCACCACCUAUGGACAGCUACAUCAUCUUCCUGACUAUGGAAAAGGACAAAGGAAGUGGCGAGUUCUCAAAAUGGUACUCAUAUGAUACGCUUAAGGCCACAUCACUGCCGAUGUGUGCACUGAUCAAAAAGUACAAGCCUGGGCACAAGGUGUGUGCUGCUGUGGUGGGUAAGGACAUCUUUGGACGUUACGGCCCUUAUAGUGAAGUCGUUACGGCAACAAUACCAAACUAAUUUCAGAAGGCGUCUCCGAGUCAACUAAUUAGCUUGUUUUUUUAAGCAGCUCUUGUAAGUUUUAUUGAUGGUUUUGAAUAUAUUUUUAUUGCUGUCUGUAGUUUUAUAGAUGCACACAAUUAUUAGACUACUACUAGAUUUCUUUACUUAAUUGAUUUUGUCCUUUUUUGGUUAGCAUGUUAUGAGUUGAGCCACAACACACAUUGUAGUGAUAGUCAUUCUAGAGAUGCAGAUUAACAUUCAACACAGAGUGUUUUUAGAUAAUUUAAUAAAGUGUUUUUAAUGUGAA